AUGUUCCGUCCAAGACUUGUAUCUUUGCUUGGCGUUCUCAGCCUGCUCUUCCUAGGAGCAUUCGCGCAGAACAACUACUUCAUCACUCCUCCAACACCAGGCCCGACUGGCCAGUUCGACGACAACAAUGUAUACGCACUCGGGUCGACAAUUAAUCUACAGUGGAAGACGAACUACACUACCAUAUCUUUGGCGCUUUGGCAAAACGACAACAACAGCUAUAUUCUUCUGCUCGACUCCGUACCGGCUUCACAGACUCUACGGUGGGACGUCGACUUCCAUAACGAGUUUAACAUUACAAGUGCCAGUUUAGCCACUCCCAAUGUAUUCUUCUUCCAAAUGUGGGAGAUAGUCGACGGCGGCAACAUUGGCGAUCGCUUUUCUGCCCACUAUUUCAACAUCACCGGAGAUCAAUCAAGUCCUGCGACUACCUCAGCAGCCUCAUCGUCUACCACAAGUACGCCGACUAGUAGCGCCACGACCGCCUCGACCACGACGUCCAGCACUGCUGCAGCAAGUACUUCAUCCUCACCUUCGAGUGGCCUCUCCAGCAGCGCAACGAUUGGUAUUGGCGUUGGCGUCGGUGUCGGUGUAGCCUGCCUCCUGGCAGGUGCUGCGAUUGGGUUCUUCUUCUGGAGAAAGUGCAAAAAAGGUGCGGCUUCAAGUCAACAAGAUCAAAGCCGCAACAUGGAACAAGCUGCUCCGCCGUACUUUGGUAACAGCCCAGGAGGAGGCUACACACCUGUACAACAGAAUGGAACACCAUACUACGACAGCAAUCAUAUGGCCAAGUCGCAAUUGUCACCGCCAACGCAGCCAACUGAACUAUCUGGAGAAGGCCAGACGCACGAGCUCCAAUCUACACAAGCACAAAGCUACGAGUUGCCCGGGAGUAGAUGA